CCCCCGGAGCCCACAGCGCCCGCCCGCUCGCGGCCGCCCGGGAGCUCGUCCAGCCCCGCGCUCCGCUCGCCCGCGCCCGUCCGCCGGCCGCCUGCGCUCGCCCAACCGCCGCCCGCGCCCGUCCGCCGGCCCCCGCGGCUCCACGGCUCGGUCAGCACAGAAAGCUCUUUCACAAUGUCAUACAGACGAGAACUAGAGAAAUACCGUGACCUGGAUGAAGAUGAAAUCCUUGGAGCCCUAACAGAAGAAGAGCUGAGGACCCUGGAAAAUGAGCUGGAUGAGCUGGACCCUGAUAACGCACUGCUGCCCGCGGGCCUGAGGCAGAAGGAUCAGACCACCAAGGCGCCCACAGGCCCCUUUAGAAGGGAGGAGCUCUUGGAUCACUUGGAAAAGCAAGCAAAGGAGUUUAAGGACCGAGAAGAUCUGGUCCCCUACACGGGGGAGAAGCGAGGAAAGGUCUGGGUCCCCAAGCAGAAGCCGAUGGACCCCGUGCUGGAAAGUGUGACGUUGGAGCCAGAGCUGGAGGAGGCCCUGGCCAAUGCCUCGGAUGCGGAGCUCUGCGACAUCGCAGCUAUCCUCGGCAUGCACACGCUUAUGAGCAACCAGCAGUACUACCAGGCCUUGGGCAGCAGCUCCAUCGUGAACAAGGAGGGACUCAACAGUGUGAUCAAACCUACACAGUACAAGCCUGUGCCCGACGAAGAACCAAAUGCCACAGACGUGGAGGAAACCCUGGAGAGGAUAAAGAACAACGACCCGAAACUUGAAGAGGUCAACCUCAACAACAUCCGGAACAUCCCCAUACCCACUCUCAAGGCGUAUGCAGAAGCCCUCAAAGAGAACGCGUACGUGAAGAAGUUCAGCAUAGUGGGAACACGAAGCAAUGACCCUGUGGCAUUUGCCCUUGCCGAGAUGCUCAAGGUGAACAAGGCAUUGAAGACGCUGAACGUGGAAUCCAACUUCAUUUCCGGAGCCGGGAUCCUGCGCUUGGUGGAAGCACUUCCGUUCAACACUUCUCUGGUGGAACUGAAGAUCGAUAACCAGAGCCAGCCUUUGGGCAACAAAGUGGAAAUGGAGAUUGUGAGCAUGUUGGAAAAAAACGCUACGCUCCUCAAAUUCGGCUACCACUUCACCCAGCAGGGACCCCGGCUGCGGGCGUCCAACGCCAUGAUGAGCAACAACGACCUUGUGAGGAAGAGGCGGCUGGCAGACCUGACCGGGCCCAUCAUCCCCAAGUGCCGGAGCGGCGUCUAGUGUGUGCGGGCGCCGACCACGCCUUUGAACUGGACGUGUUCUGCUGAUAAGCCCUGCUCUGCGGUGGGAGCCGGAAGGCAGAGUGCAGCGCAGACCCUGCUGUGGUUCAGUUCUUCAUGCACUAAGGUUUUAGGUUAGCUAGUGGUUGUAGCUGAAAACUUUAUAAACCAUGGUUAAUGUGAAGUUUUUCUUUAGUCACAGAAAUUCAGUCUGUUUAUUAUUUAAAAACUAAGAGGCCCCUGAACUGGCAGAUCUUACUGAAGACGAUGUUAGAGCAGCACUGACUUAGCCCCGGAAGUCCAGUCUCAGUGACCUAGGAGUGUGGUGUUUCAGGUGUAUUUUAAAUGUGUAACACGAACAAACAGCACCCUCUUCCACAUGGUUGAAAACCAUUACAAUUAUUACAGAUUUGAUCUUAGCUCUUUAACAAACAGGUCAUCAUUCUUUAUUAAUUCUCCUUUAAAUUUUAAGAACCUCAAGAUUAAAGUUGCUAAAUUGAUUUCUGGGUCAAAAA